ACACACACACACACACACACACACACACACACACACACACACACACACACACACACACACACACAUACAUACACACACACACACACACACACACACACACACACACACACACACACACACACAUACACACAAACACACACAACCCUUUCUAAUCCAUCUUAUCACUAGAGCUCUUACCUCUGUGGGCGAGUGAGGGAGAUAGUGAGUGAGGGAGGGAAGGAUAGAGAAUGUUUCUGUUUUUGUGUUGUGAAGGGCCUGUGUUGCCUCAGUGUUACUUUUAUAACUUCAAAACAAAGGACACAGGUGAGGAGAACCACCGCCAAUUAACCUGUCGCUGCAACUUUGACGACCACCCACGGGAGGAGAGAAGGGCGGCGUGGCGGGAAGCGGUGGUGGGCGGCAAGGAUGAGCGGUGAAGUGAGCCCUGCCCUCAGUGAACAUUCCCCGCGGCCGCGAUGAGGCUGGGGGCAUGGGCGUGGCUGCUCUGCCUCGCCGUCACCGCCAGUGAGGGCAGCGAGGAGGGAGUGCUGACGAAGGAUCUGGUCCCCUACAGCAGCGCCACGGUCCUCAGCCGCUCCCCCAGGGCCGUCUGCUCCUCAACCAUCACCAUCACGCCCUCCAAUGACGAUCUGUACUGGCAUGUGGGGAAUGUACAGGAUGUGUGGUGCUCUGUAGUGGCGCAAAACGACAGCAGUGUAGCCGCCAAAAACCUUGUAUUCUUUAAGGGCACUGACAGACUUCAGCACCAGGUGGUGAACAGCACAACCAUUCGAACCACCCUUAACCUGACGCAGCCUGAGAAGUUUAAGCUGAUGUGUACUGAUCAGAAUGGCAACCUGUGCAUGGCGCAGGUGAAGAUUGGAUACGAGCCUUUGGACGUGGAGGACCUGAAGUGCAUCUCACAUAACUGGGAGUUCUUCUCUUGCACCUGGAAACUUCCUAACAACCCAGUGCAGGACGUGGCCAACGAAUACGUGGCUUACCUCAUAUCUACCGUGGACCCUUCAAAGAGAAGCCUUUGCGACUGUAACGGCUACACCCCACUGCUGGACGACACCUGCUCCUGUCAUGACACCUGCUGCCUGUGGUCCGGUGAGUCGUACUUCAACACCGACCGGAAGGUGGAGGUGAUGUUCUUGGCCAGCAAUGAGCUGGGCUCCGCCAACUUCAGCCACACUUUUGACAACUAUGCCGUGGUGGUGCCCGCCGCGAUGUCCAGCGUGAGCGUGGCGGGCGUGCCGGGGCGGCGAGAGGCGGUGGUGGGGUGGACGCUGCCGCCCCCGAUGGGCACCUUUGCCGAGGCUGCCGCAGGGGUGUUGGUGCGGGUGGACCACCGCCUGGCCGAGGGCGUGGAGUCACCAUUAUCCCCAUCACCACCACCAUCACCAACAGCAGCAGCAGCAGCAGCAGCAGCAGGAGACUGGAUCCUGGGAACGCUGCUGCCGUGCCACAACGACACCUGCAAGACCGGGCAGCACAGAAUCUUGCUGGAGUUCUGGUGGCGCCGCUUCGAGGUGCGAGUGCUCCUGCGUUCUGCCGCGGCUCCUGCGCCCUUGGAAGAGGACGACUCGUGGUCAGACUGGGAACCUCGCAACGUGACGACCCCGCCCUCUGUGCCCGACGCCCCUCCGGCGGUGGGUCCCGGCACCUUCCAGGUGACGCAGCGGGGGUUCCCGAGCCUGUGUGACCUGACCCUCACCUGGCAGCAGGUGCCGCCGCUCCUCCACAACGGACCAGACUUCGGCUACCUGGUGCAGGUGUGCGGCACCCCACGCGGGGACGAGGGCGAAGGCGAGGGCGAGGAGGUGCUGGCGCAGAUCGCAGUCAGUGAAACCUUCGUGGUGUUCCGUAACUUGUCCACCGUGGCGCCCUACACGCUGCGGGUGGCGGCAAGGAACAGGGAGGGCCACAGCAGCACGUGGUCGGCGGUGGGCGUGCGUCCCGGCAGGCCAGCGCCGCCGCUGCUGCCGGUAGUGGUGCUGCACGCCGGGGAGGGGCAGGACGCCUUGUAUGAGUUGCGCUGGCGGCCUGGCGACACCCCGCGCCACACCGUGUACGUGUGCACCGGUGCGCAGGAGGGCACCAACCCGUGCACGGGCCAGCUGGCCUGGACCAGCGUGGACAACUCCUCCUCCGCUAACUUCACGCUGCGUGACUUCGGGCUGCAGGGCGCGGCGGGGCAGGUGACCUUCGCCUUGUCGCAGGAGGACCAGGUCGGGACGUCCAGCGGCCUGGCGUGGGACCGCUGCGUCACCCCUCAGCUCUUCACCACCGCCCUCGCCCCGCCCAAGCUGGAGGACGCCCCCCUCGCGGGAAGCUCGUGGGUGGAGCUGCCGUGGUCUCUGGACUGCCGCUCUUGGGCGGGCGUGGUGGAGGCCACGGAGGCCUCCUACUGCCGCGGGGGUCACCGCUACCCGUCCAACUGCACAGCGGAGGUGAUGUUCGCGACGGGGGACGCCUGGCAGGAGCCGUUCACACUGAAUGAUUUGGACAGCGACGCGCAGUAUACCGCGUGGCUCAGGAUACAGUACCGCAGCGGACGUUCACAGUGGUCUGAGGGCGUCACCUUCACCACGAGCACACCAGGUGUGGAGGCGUGGCUCAUUGUGGUGUUGGUGACGGUGGGCCUCAUCUGCACUGUGGCCGUCCUGCUCUUCCUGGUCUACAGCAAGAGGAAAUUUGUGGAUAAUCUGAAGAAGUUACGUCUGCAGCCUUCCCUUCCUUCUGGUCUUGUUACUGAGAGGCAGCCGGGUUCCCAAGGCAGCGGCGGCGGGGGGGAGGGCUGCGCUGAUGGCACUGCUGUCAGUGAGAAUACCGUCUCAGCCUUCGUCAGGAACCCCGGCUACUCCCACAUCCUGCCUACACUCUUCGGCAGGAGGCCAUCCUUGACCUUGGAGGAGGAGAGAAACAGUGAGGUCAGCGGGCGUGGCGUGGCACAGGAGGGUACAGUGGGGCCUUCCGCACACCAGCAUCGGGCGGAGGCAGACGACAACGCCCACAACACAGCUGCUGAGCGAGCCGCUACUGACGAGGGCAACGAAGUCCCCUGCGGCGCCUCGUCCUCCACCUUAGUGCCUCUACUGAAGCGGGCCGCGCCUACCUACGUGACGCCGUACUUCUCCGAGAGUGAGAGUGAAAGCCGCGAUGCCUGUCCCACAGAACCUCUCUUCCCGAGGAGUCAGGCAGCGCAGCAGGCAGGCGGUGGUGGUGGUGGUGGUGGUGGUGGGUACGUCCCGCCGUCAGAGUGUCAUAGGCUUCCUGGCACCUCAGGGAACAUGGCGGUGCAGCACGGGGACGACACAGGCGCCGCAGGUCAGAGCUACGUGCAGGCUGAUGCCUUUCCCCACGCCACUGUCUCACCUGACGCGGCAGACGCCAGGAACACCCCCGCUGAGGACCACUGGUAUAUGGGCCUUGACUCGCCGGUGGUGGGAGGCGACUCUGCACGCUCCCAGGACCCGCCAGACCCGACACACGACCCCGUCACCUCCGUCACCCGUGUCACCCCCGUCACCCCCACCCCUGACUCUCCAGCACCUAGUCACGACCCGGGAGUUCCUUCACUGAUCCCAAUGUCCCUUCGCGGCGAUGAGAAAAAUGCCGAGGCGAAGGAACAGGAGAAACCCAGUUAUGUCGCGCUCCCUGACGCCCAGCUCAGCAUGAAGUGGCUGAAGGGAGACCACGCUACUGCCGGCGAUAAUGAACCCAGUUAUGUAGCGCUCCCUGACGCCCAGCUCAGCAUGAAGUGGCUGGAGGGAGACCACGCUACUGCCGGCGAUAAUGAACCCAGUUAUGUAGCGCUCCCUGACGCCCAGCUCAGCAUGAAGUGGCUGGAGGGAGACCACGCUACUGCCGGCGAUAAUGAACCCAGUUAUGUCGCGCUCCCUGACGCCCAGCUCAGCAUGAAGUGGCUGAAGGGAGACCACGCUACUGCCGGCGAUAAUGAACCCAGUUAUGUAGCGCUCCCUGACGCCCAGCUCAGCAUGAACUGGCAGGGCGGCGGCCAUGCUGCUCCCGGCGAUGGUAAACUCUGCGCCAAGGAAGGUGAGAGGCACGAGAAGCCGCCCUGCCUGCCCAGUGGCACGCCAGCCCCGGGGUACACUGCAGUGCAGCCUCCAGACUUCGGGAAACCAGCGGAAGAGAGCACGCGAUUAAUGGCGGAGGAUUUGGAGCGCAAACCUCACCUUCCUGAUGCUAACUUCAUGUCCGCGCUGCUGCCCAGGCCUCAGCACGCCCUUGUCGUGCCUCACCCCACUGUGUCUGCUGCUUUCCCUGCCGUAAUCCCUGGUGCCUUUGAAGUCCCCAAUGUGGCCCACAAACUUGAUGUCCCCAGUACCAGUGAGAUCCCCAGCGAAGCCCAGGAGCAUUGUAAUUUUCUGUCGAGUACUGCAGAAGUUGGCGGGUACCUGCCACUCCUCGGGCUGGCGACAGACGACAAAAGCGACUCAAGAACGACUCGUAAUUCUUGGUUUACCUCCCUCCAGCCCUCCAAGCCCCUCACCUCCUCCACGCCCUCCCAGCACCCCGCGACAGGCAUCUCCUUCGUCAUGCUCAGUAAUUUGUUCUCCAGAGGUGACAAAAGUGACGAGCCUGACGUGAAGGAAAGUGAAGUAAACGCCCGCAGUGACACGGACGAGAGAACUGAGAACGAGGAGAACGAGGCGGCAGAGAACGAAAACCAGGCCUUUGGUGAUUUGCCGAAGGGAUACAGCAGGGUGGGUGACGAAGAGUGAAGGGAGGAGAGGCGUACUUCCUUUCAGGCUAAUGAUUCUCUUAUGGUUUAGCCAAAAAGCCUUUAUUUCUUCAUUAUCUAUUUUUUUUUUCCGGUGACAGUACAUUGCCUCAUGAUUUCUCUGAUUUACAAAGAGAAAUGGCAGUAAUUUAACACGAACUAGAAGCAGGGACGCGUUGAACAAAGACACCUAGUGACAUGUUACAGAAAGUUCUCUUGACUUGGGGAAGGAACACAUCACCUCCUGUACUGUUGUGGCUCCCCAGGUCUGAUUGAAGCUUACAGUGUGGUGUUUCAAGACGACUGGCUGCAGAAGUGAUCGAAUGUGUAAUCUAUAUCCUUGAGUGUCUAAUGAUAUCGCAGCUCGGUACAAUCCCUUAGGUUUAUGCCAGUGAAGUAACAAGUGUCAGUGUCGUACUAUCGUUAGCGGCUGGAAGGCUAAGCUAGUAAUUACUGAGUCUGUAAUUUCUAUAAGUAUUGUUUAUUAAACUUCUCUUUAUUUCCUUUUCUAUUUUAUUACUGUUUGUAUUAAUUAGGUUUUAGUUAGUAUCUGUUUUAGUUAGCCUCGUGUUUUCUUUACUUUCAAAAUAAAACUUUAAACUUGGAGAAAA